UCUGCACAUGCGCGGUACGGAUCAAGUAGACCCGAUCUGUACGGUCCGACGUUUUCUGUUUUUUUUCUUUUUAUCUACAUUAUAUUGAAAUGUUUCAACAUUGCAUACAUUUUAAUAGAUACUUAUUGAUACUCUCUGACCCGUAACUAUCGUAAAAUGCUUCGAGCGGAAGUAGACGCCUUUCGCGCAUGCGUGGUACCGAUCGGGUUUCCGGUACCACGCAUGCGUAGUGACAGGUACAGUCCAGACUGACAAAGCCUUUAUGACAUCACUCAACAGGUCAGAAACCAACAGUCUAUCACCGCGACAGGAACUAGCCACUAGCACAGAUGACCGCUGAAGCUAUCAACCUAAAUCAUAUGGAUUUACAAGAGAGUCGCAAGAAUCUACUGGACGAAUUAAGGUCUGUAGAAACUGAAAAACAGAUUCUCUUCAAUGAUAAGCAGGAUUUUGUUAAAGUUCUGAAAAAAAUUAACGACUACAAGGAUGAGCUUAAAAUCAUUUUCCAGAGAGAGAAAGAUGAUUUGGAAGACGAAAAUCAACGUCUAGAAGAAAAGAAACGGAGGCUUGAGCAGGAAAGCAAAGAUUUGGACACAGCUAAGACAGAAAUUCAAAAAGAAUGGAAGCAGAUUGAAGAAGUUAAAACAUCAAAUCAGGAAUUUCUAGAAGAUUUGAUUACGAAAAAAUCUAAAACGGAAAAGCUUUGGAAAUCGCUGCAAGACAGCAAAGCAAAUGCGAUUGAAGAAAUAAACCAGAUGAAAAGAGAUCUGGAGAAAGAGAAAUUCGAUUUUGAUGAAUCAAAGAAAUUUUCAGAAAACAAACUUGAAGAACUGAGACAAGCUUUGCAAGCUGAGAGAGACGAGUUCGAACAGCAUAAGUCUAGCUCAAAGCUGGAGAAUGAAAAUGCUCGACAGAUUCUGCAAGAAGAGAAAGAAAAUCUACAACUUAUUUGGCAAACUCUGGAGGAAGAGAAGAUUGAUUUUAAAAAUAAGCUUCAAAUAGAAAAGCUAAAGUUAACUGAAAGUCAAAAUAAUUUACAGAAAGGCUUUCAAGAUGUAAUUCUCCAGACAAAAGCCCUGCAGGAAGACAAGUUGAACUUUGACAAAGCAAAGGCUGAAACAGAAAAGGAGCAUGAAGAAAUAUACAGCAUUCUCAAGGAAGGCUACAAAUCGUUAGACUUUGAGAAACAAAGCCUGGAGCGGCAGAAACUCAAAUCUGUGGAAGUUCAGGACAAAUUGGAUCAGAAUAAUAAGGAACUCCUGCAAAAAGAGAGAGAACGGAUGAAUCAGGAGCUGCGAGAGGAAAAGAUUCACUUUCUUGAACUGAUAAAAGCAGAAAGACUUCGUCUAAAGAACAGUCAGAACAAUUUGCAGGAGGGAUUAGAAGACCUGAUUCUCGACAGGAAAAAAUUUCAGAAGGAAAUGAUUCUUUUUGAAACACAGAAGACAGAAUCUGAAAAGCAGAAUGCAGAAAUAUACAGUCGUCUCCAAGAGGGGUUAGACAUUUUACAUGUCGAGAAGGAAAGUCUGAUGCAACAGAUGGCAGAAUUUGAGGAAAAAGAGAAAGAAUGCAAUCAGCUUAUUAUGGAAAUGUAUCAGACUCUCCAGGAUGAAAGGGAACAUUUAGAGCUGAUGAAACAGAGUCUGCAGGAUGAAAAGAUGCACUUUGUUGAACUGAUGAAAACAGAAAAUCUUAGAUUGCAUGAGAAACAAAUUGAUCUGGAGAAGGGAUUAGAAGAUCUGAUUCUUGAUCGGAAAAUGUUUCAGAAGGAAAUGAUUCACUUUGAAACACAGAAGACAGAAUCUGAAAAGGAGAAUGCAGAAAUAUACAGUCAUCUCCAAGAGGCAUUUGAGGAAAAAGAGAAAGAACCAAAUCAGCUUGAUCUGGAAAUGUAUCAGACUCUCCUGGAUGAAAGCAAAAAUUUAGACCUGAUGAAACAGAGUCUGCAGGAGGAAAAGAAUCAGUUUGUUGAACUGAUUGCAACAGAAAAACUUAGUUUACAUGAGCAACAAAUGGUUUUGAAGAAGGGAUUAGACGAUCUGAUUCUUGAUAGGAAGAGUCUGAGUGAAGAUAUGAUUCACUUUCAGCAGGAAAAGGAAGAUUCACUUCAUGAAAUGAAUUCAGUCCUUCAGACUCUGAAAGACGAGAGAGAAAGCUUAGAGCUGAUGAGGCAGGCUCUGGAACAGGAAACAGAGUUUGAAGAAGCAAAUCAAAAAGAAACCUUCAACAUAAAUAAUACAGAAACAGCUGCGGAGGACGAGGUAGAAAGUCCUUCUGCUCAGACUGAAUUUCUGCAGGAACGAAUGAUGAGUUUUGAACUUCCCCAGACUAAAUCUGAAGAGGAGAUAAGUGAAAUGUACAAUUAUCGCCAACAUGGGCUUAUAUAUUUAGACGCUGGACUAGAAAGUCUGGAAAAUCAGAGGAAUACAUUUGAGGAGAUGGAGAAAGAGUCUUAUCAGACGUUACGAGACAUCCAGCGGGGUCUCCAGGAGGAGAGAGAUAGUUUAGAAAUGAAGAAACACAGCCUGGAGGAAGAAAAACUGGAGUUGGAAAAAAUGAUUGCAACAGAAAAACUUAGUUUACAUGAGAAACAAAAAGAUCUGGAGAAGGGAUUAGAAGAUCUGAUUCUUGAUAGGAAAAUGUUUCAGAAGGAAAUGAUUCACUUUGAAACACAGAAGACAGAAUCUGAAAAGGAGAAUGCAGAAAUAUACAGUCGUCUCCAAGAGGGGUUAGACAUUUUACAUGUCGAGAAGGAAAGUCUGAUGCAACAGAUGGCAGAAUUUGAGGAAAAAGAGAAAAAAUCAAAUCAGCUUUAUCUGGAAGUUUAUCAGACUCUCCAGGAUGAAAGGGAACAUUUAGAGCUGAUGAAACAGAGUCUGCACGAUGAAAAGAUUCACUUUGUUGAACUGAUGAAAACAGAAAAUCUUAGUUUGCAUGAGAAACAAAUUGAUCUGGAGAAGGGAUUAGAAGAUCUGAUUCUUGAUAGGAAAAUGUUUCAGAAGGAAAUGAUUCACUUUGAAACACAGAAGACAGAAUCUGAAAAGGAGAAUGCAGAAAUAUACAGUCAUCUCCAAGAGGCAUUUGAGGAAAAAGAGAAAGAACCAAAUCAGCUUGAUCUGGAAAUGUAUCAGACUCUCCUGGAUGAAAGCAAAAAUUUUGACCUGAUGAAACAGAGUCUGCAGGAGGAAAAGAAUCAGAAGAGUCUGAGUGAAGAUAUGAUUCACUUUCAGCAGGAAAAGCAAGAUUCACUUCAUGAAAUGAAUUCAGUCCUUCAGACUCUGAAAGACGAGAGAGAAAGCCUAGAGCUGAUGAGGCAGGCUCUGGAACAGGAAAUAGAGUUUGAAGAAGCAAAGAAGAGUUUCAAGAAUCUGAAGGACCAACAGCAUUUAAUGAGAGAAAUGCGAGUAACUGAACCCAAACAAUGUGACAAAGAUGGUUUUUUUUGCGAGAAAGGACAGAAAAACUUUUAUGACUCUUACUUUAGAUUUUCCUUAUAAUUUAGACUUACUUAUAAUU